UUCAGAGGAAGAAGUCUGGAUGUAGGCCUGGGAGCGAAUGGGAGAAAGAAAGUUUUCCUAUAGCCACCGAUCACUUAGAAACGGACUGGACCCCACAGCCCGGCUCCGUUGGGCCCCAACCUCAGCCCUAACCCCAGCCUUGUCCCAGGCCCAGGUCCAGCCAACCCUACCAUGACAAAUGACUAUCAAGAUUUUCAGCAUCUGGACAAUGAGGACAAUGACUAUCAGCUCCGACAGGUCCUGGAAAGGAGUCUUAGCCCGCUGUCGUCCAGUGGCCCCAGAGCUGCCCGGGUGCCCCUGUGUCCCUGAGACCGCGAUGCCCUCUCUUGCUAGUGCCACCCGCCUCGCAGCCGCUGUUUCGGAGGCUCUGCUCGGGACCCUGCCUCCUCCGGCUCUCCCUGGGCCUCGGCCUCCUGCUGCUGGUGGUUGUCUGUGUCAUCGGAUCCCAGAACUCCAGGCUGCGGGCGGAGCUGCAGGCCCUGAGAGAGACUUUCAGCAACUUAACAGCGAGCGCGGAGUUCGAGGUCAAGGCCCUGAGCAGCCAGGGAGGAAGUGUGGGCAGAAAGUUGAAGUCGCUGGAGUCCCAGCUGGAGAAACAGCAGCAGGACCUGAGCGAAGAUCACUCGGGCCUGCUGUUGCACGUGAAGCAGUUCGUGUCGGACCUGCGCAGCCUGAGCUGUCAGAUGGCCGUCCUCUACCGCAACGGCACGGCGAGGGCCUGCUGCCCGGUCAACUGGCUGGAGUACGAGGGCAGCUGCUACUGGUUCUCCCGCUCCGGGAAGUCCUGGGCCGAGGCGGACCGGUACUGCCAGCUGGAGAGCGCCCACCUGGUGGUGGUGGGCUCCUGGGAGGAGCAGAAAUUUGUCCAGCACCAUAUGGGUCCUGUGAACACCUGGAUGGGCCUCACCGACCAGAGUGGUCUCUGGAAAUGGGUGGACGGUACGGACUACGAGACGGGCUUCAAGAACUGGAGGCCCGAGCAGCCGGACGACUGGUACGGGCACGGGCUCGGGGGAGGCGAGGACUGCGCGCACUUCACCGAAGACGGCCGCUGGAACGACGACGUGUGCCAGAGACCCUACCGCUGGGUGUGCGAGACAGCGCGCGAGCCGGCCAGCUAGGAGCCUCCUCUCCCUGGACAGAGGCAGUAUCCACAGACAGGCAACAAAUACAGUGAACAUGAAGAUGAGCCUACCACCGAGAACCACUAAACCUGCAAAGAAAGCCAGAAAACCAGGAACGAGGCAGAGAAGGCCCCAAAUAAACAGAAUCCACAACCCAGGAUGGGAGUUCACAGAUUAAGACUUUGCAGACACUCACUGGAUUCAGCAAACAUUGAAUCAACACAAAAGUAGAGACAGAGACACAUCUAUCAGCAAAUGAAGGGCUCACCAUCUUUCCGGAUAACUUUGAGUAUAAGAGAAAAUAAAAGUGAAGCAGUCAGGUAAAUUGAGAAAUGAACAAGCAAGCACUACAUACUGAGAUUGUGGGACGGUCUAAAGCAGUUCUCAGGGGGAAAGGUAUAUAGACUGAAGCACAUUUGUUA